GGGAAGGCACCGGAAGCCCUGCGGGGUCAAAGGUCGGUAAAUAUUGGUGAUGUCACGGAGCCAAGAUGGCGGAAGGAGAGGAUGGGGGCUGGUGGAGGAGCUGGCUACAGAAAAGUUACAGCAAUGUACGAGAUAAGUCCGCAGAGGCAAUGGAGUUCAUGAAAAGGGACCUGACAGAAUUCAGCCGGGUUAUGCAACAUGACACAGCCAGUACAAUAGCAGCCACAGCUAGCGUCGUCAAGGAGAAGUUGGCUGUUGAAGGAUCAUCUGGGACCACAGAAAAAGUUAAGAAAGGUCUGUCAGACUUUUUGGGCAUUAUCUCUGACACUUUUGCCCCAUCACCUGACAAAACCAUUGACUGUGAUGUCAUUACACUGAUGGCCACACCCUCUGGUACUACAGAACUUUAUGACAGUACGAAGGCCCGCUUGUACAGUUUGCAGUCAGAUCCAGCCACUUACUGCAAUGAGCCUGACGGCCCGCCAGCACAGUUUGAAUCUUGGCUUGCAAACUGGGAUUCAGAGGAAAGGAAAUCAAAAAUCUCAGAGCUCCUUGUUAGCAGCCCAUCCAUCCGUGCACUCUACACCAAGAUGGUGCCGGCAGCUGUAUCUCACUCUGAAUUCUGGCAGAGAUACUUCUAUAAAGUGCAUCAACUGGAACAGGAAGAGGCACGGAGAGAUGCCCUGAAGCAAAGAGCAGAACAGAGCGUACAUUCCGAGGAGCCGAGGUGGGAGGAAGAGGAGGAUUACUUCACAGGGCCUUCCCCAGACCAUAGAUACAGCGCAAAGGAGAAGGUCAGUUUAGCAGCUCCUGCAAUUCCUGCGCUGAAUGUUGAAGUCAAUUCAGAGGAGCCAGAAAAGCAGAGCUGUGUAACUGUCUCGGCCACCAGCCCUUCAGAGAGUAGUGAGAGCAUCUCACCAGUGACUCAGAUUGCCAACCCGGCCUACCAUGAUCCUUCAGUCACACCUGAGUCCAAGGAUGUUCCAUUGUCAGAAACUGAGGAGGUGCAGGAAGCUGGUGCCACACACGCCUCUACAGAGCAGCCUGCAGCCAAAGCAAAUGCUCAACAGGGUACUCGGAAAGAUGAGCCACCUUCUGACCUCCGCGUGUUUGAGCUGAACAGUGACAGUGGGAAAUCAACUCCAUCUAACAAUGGCCAGAAAGGAUCCAGUACAGAUGUCAGUGAAGACUGGGAGAAGGACUUUGACAUGACAGAGGAAGAAGUGCAGCUGGCAUUGUCCCGAGUGGAGGUGUCUGAAGAGCUGGAAGAUGAGGACUGGGAAAACUGGGAAUGAUCUGGAGAAGGAAGAUGCCUGCUCCAUACCAAACAACACUAUUUCAGAAACUGAAGCCCUGCAAAAUUCUUCCGCCAGCUGCUUUUCAAUCUCUUACAUUCAUUAUGGCAAGUCCCCCUGGUUCAUAUACCGAGGGACAUGGCAGCAGGAUUUAGGGGUAGAUCUCAGACUCCACUGGCACUGCAGGGGUUAACAUGGUGUAAUUAAAACACAUCCAGCUUUUUAACCCAUUCACUGCCAGGACACUUUAGUAUGUUGAUAUGCUUAUUGGGGCUUUGAAAAAAAAACUAGCUUUUGUCAAAGGACAGUUACCAAAUUGUUUUAUUUUAGGUUUGAGUGUGGUUAAUUCCCAUAUACCUUGUACUUCAGUGUACAAGCCGCAGCAGGUCACUGACUUGCAAGAAUCUUUAGUUCUAUAUUGCCUCCCUUGUGUUGUCAAGAGUGGGGGUAUAUGUGCAGUUAACACCAUCUUUUCACAGAAUUAAUGUCACCCUAACUAGAGCCAAUUUGGUGAAGACCACCUAACUGCUUUAGCCAGUGUUUGAACCAAGCUUGUGAAACCUGAAAGGCCACUUAAUAUCUAACAAAGGAAGACAUGAAGUGGUUCUCAGU